AUGUCCCAGCCUGAGGAGGCCUCCAGGGCUGGGGAGCGGCUAGAACGAGCCCACGUCCCAGGGAGACCCCGGACCCUUGGAAACGCGAGUGUGGGGGAAUGUCCUGGCGCCUCGGGCCUGCUCUCCCGCGCUGCAAUACUUCCAGGUUCUGGGCAGACUUGCUUCGAAGACCUUCAACACAAGGAUUACAUCCUUGGAGAUGUGGAGAUUGGCUUCUUUCUCCCCCUAUCCUUACCUAAAUCCAGCAACACAACAGGAGCAGCGCAAUUUCAGAGACCUCCUUACAAUGGUUGUAGGGCUUUUCGAACUAUUGAAACCAAUUACCAGCAACUCUUCAUGCCCGCCUUCACUCUACAUGAGAUUAACAGAAAUCCCAAACUGUUGCCCAACAUUACCCUGGGAUACAAUAUGUACAACAUCUAUUCCACUGAAGAAAGGACCUUGGAGAGCUACCUGUGGUGGCUGUCUGGAACAAACCAGAGCAUCCCUAAUUACAACUGCAGAAAGGGAGGAAAGGUUGUGGCUGUCAUUGGAGGAGCCACGUUAGCUCUCUCUGUUCAGAUGGGGACCCUGUUUGACCUCUACCAUUUACCCCAGCUGCACUCCUACCUCAAGAACAUCCAGUUUGAGAAUAUUGUUGGUGAGCAGGUGUUUGUGGAUGAGAACAGACGCACAGAGGCUCACUAUGCCCUUAUGAACUACAUAUACUUCGAUUAUCGUAAUGGUCAUGUUCUCUAUGUGGGGGACUUUAUCCCAGAAGCUCAGCUCGGUCAAGAUUUUACAAUUUGUGCAAAUGUCAUAGUGUGGGACGCAUGGAGUUCAAAGGUACCCUCUGCCGUAUGUAGUGCCAGUUGUCCUGCUGGAUUCAGGAAGUUGCCUUUGGAGGGGAAGCCUCCUUGUUGCUUUAGUUGCUCCCCAUGCUCAGAAGGAGAAAUCUCCAAUUAUAUAGAUGCUGAGCAGUGUAAGAAGUGCCCAGAGGAUGAAUAUCCCAAUGAGCAGAGAGAUCGCUGCCUCCCCAAGACUGUGACCUUCCUGGAUGUGAAUGAACCUUGGGGGAAGGCAGUGAUAGCUGUAGCUGUUUCACUCUCAUUGCUCACGGCCCUGGUUCUGUGGGUCUUUGUGAAGUUCCAAGACACUCCCAUAGUCCAAGCCAAUAACAGGAACCUCAGCUACCUGCUCCUCACCUCCCUUUCCUCCUGCUUCUUCUGCUCCUUGCUCUUCGUAGGCCGUCCUACCACUGCUUCCUGCCUUUUCCGACAAACAGUAUUUGCAAUUGUGUUCACAGUGGCUGUUUCCUGCAUUUUGGCCAAAACCAUCAUCGUGGUUCUGGCUUUCAGGGUGACAGGGCCAGGGAGCAAGAUGCGGAUGUUCCUUCAUCCCAGAGUGCCCUACUGUGUGGUUCUCAUCUGCUCCGGAAUCCAAGCGCUUUUCUGUGCCAUCUGGUUGGGGACCCAUCCCCCCUUUCCAGAGGCAGACACACGCUCUGAAUCCAGGCACAUUAUCCUCACGUGUAACGAGGGCUCCGCCUUUGCAUUUUACUGUGUCCUGGGCUACAUGGGCUUUCUGGCCCUGGGCAGCUUCACCAUAGCCUUCCUGGCCAGGAACCUGCCCGAUGCCUUCAACGAAGCCAAGCUCAUCACGUUCAGCAUGCUGGUGUUUUGUAGCGUCUGGGUCUCUUUCCUCCCCACAUAUCAGAGCUCCAAAGGGAAAGCCGUGAUGAUCGUGGAGAUCUUCUCCAUCUUGGCCUCCAGCGCCGGGUUACUGGGCUGCAUUUUUAUUCCCAAAUGUUUUGGGAUUCUCCUGACAUCGUGGGAAAAUAACACAAAACAGAAGAAGAAUCAAAGGAGUUCCAGGAGCAUGAAUUCUUCUUCUUCUUUUUUUUUAAUGUGAUAUCUUUAUUUUCCCCUUUCCAUGUAAAACAAUAUUUGUAACUUUUUUAAAAGUUUUGCCUUCCACAUUCUCUCCCUUCUUCCCCAACCCCAGAACCACUGAGAUACCACAUGUGCAGUUACACAAAAUAUUUAUAUAAAUGCCUUCUUGAGAAAUAUACAUGCAUCAUUCCUUGGGUUAAUAAAAAGAACUCCUAAAAAUAAAAUUUUUAC